AUGAGGCUGGUCUCGGGUCUGGGCAGAGCCCUGCGGGCCCGGCGGGGCCUGCCCAAGGAGCGGGCCCCGCAGGCCGGGCCCAAGCGCGGGCCGCAGGAGCCCAGCAAGGCCCAGGAGUUCGCCCGCAGCCUCGGCGGCCUCACCCUGGGCCUGCUGCUGGCCAGCAUUUACGGGGCCCUGGUGCUGCUGGUGCAGGGCCACAAUGUCUGGUACUGCCUGAGCAUCACCGUCUUCAUGGGCGCCGGGAUGGGCCUGGGCAUGGCCUUCUCCAUGAAGACGCGGAUGACCGUGCUGCUGGCGCUGCCACACUUCUUCACCAAGGAGGGGAAGAUGAUGAUCAUGGUGCUGGCGCUGUGCCUGACUGUGCAAGGCCCUGGCACCAAUCUCAUGCACAACGUCUCCCAGCUCGCCAAGGCGCUGUCAUGUGGGGCUGAGCUGGCCCAAAACCAGACGGCCGAGCGGCUGCAACGUGCCAAGGAGCCACUGCUGAACUUGCAGAGGAAAAUCAAAGAGAUUGGCCAGAAUGCCAAGGUGCUGGGUGACCGUGUCCGUAAAUUCAUCCGCUCCAUCACAGACUCCACCAGACACAUUGCCCGGGCCCUGCGCAGCGUUUGGAUGUGGCUGGCGAGGGCUGGGAACAUCUGCAACCGCGAGCUGGGGGAUCCCAAGACCAGCUGCUUUCGCUACAUAGACAAGGCCAGGGACAAGUGUGAGCGCGCCCUGCCCCUCCUCUUCCACAUCUGCUACGUUAUCAUCACCUUCAAGGCCCUCUGCGGCAUGAUCAGCACUCUUUCAUUCAUGUUCUGCACCAUCCCAAAGUACAUCCAGACCUUCAUCCGGGCCAACGUCGGAACCCCCCUCACGGACGCCCUGAACCGUGUCCGUGCUGAGUUUGAGUUCAACAUCUCGGUCGUGCACCACUUCAGCGUCAACCUCAACGCCAGCAAGAGCCUGGGGGAGGUGUCUGCUGAUAUCAUGGAGGCCGUGCAUCACCACAUGGAGCCCUACCACCGCGUCCUGGAGCUCUUCUCCUACAUCUCCUUCUUGGCCGUCCUCUUCUUGUGGUACCGCGCGGUUAAGUACCGGCGCCGCUACCUGCGGGACGACACCUUUGACAACGUUUACAUCACACGGCGCUUCGUGGAGAUGGACCUGCGGUGUGCAGAGCAGGGCAAACCCACCGUGCUGCCCCUGUCGGGGCGGGAGAGGGGCCGCUACAUCCCCCCAGGUGCGCUGUGGCUGUCGAAGACUGAGCGAAGCCAGUAUGGGAUUCAGCUAUUUGGGUUCCUGCGCCACACGCUGCUGGGGUUCAGCAUUAUCCUGGCUGACUACAGCAUCUUCUGGCUCCUUGACCUCUUCCGGCACCAGCUGAGUGCAGAGAUCAUUGCCAGGGCGCCGUCGACCAUGACCAUCAGCGUCAACGGGACGGGCUACACCAGUGACAUCUACAAGGACCUGGUCUCUGCCUUCAACACACUGCAGGAGGGCGAGGUCUCGGUGCUGUCCCAGGCCUGCCUCAUCCAGCCCGUGGAGCCCGACCACAGCACCUACAUCACCAUAGGAAUCCUGUACGGUAUCUGGCUCUUCAUCGCCGUCUUCGGUUCCUACAUGGCACGCCUGCGCCGGGCAGUGUGUGCCUGCUACUUCCCAUCCCGUGAGCUGGAGCGCCUGGCCUACCUCCACAACAUCAUCCGAGCACGGCGGGAAUGGGCGGUGUUUGCCCUGGGCCGAGGGGGCACGCAGCGCUUGGGCGAUAGCGGGAAGAGCAAGCUCUUCCUUAUCCUCAUCUCCAGGUUCCCUCUCCUAGCUCGCCUCGCUCGCCGUCCUGCGGGCAUCCAGCGCAAACACUGCCUGACCUGUGGGAUGGCCGAGCGGCCGGAUUUCACUGCCUGCAUCACACCCAACUGCAAAGGGCUGUAUUGCAGCGACUGCUACAAAACCCUGAACAACAUCUGCUCUGUCUGCAUGGCCCCCCUGAGCUACCCGGACUCUGGGGAUGAGGAGCUGGACUCGAGUGAGGAGGAGACAGAGGAGCAGGGCACUGCAUGGGUGCUGCGGGGCAAGGAGCGAGGGCAGUUGCUGCUGCAGCGCAUCAAGGACAUCAUCAGGAGCUGGAGACCCGACUUUGACUCCGAGGAUGAAUCUGCGAGCAGUGACAGAGAGCUGCAGGAGGUGGUGGUGUUAGAGACACCCGAGCCUGUUCCCUCUCCAUCGGAGCAUCCCCCGGGCAUCAAUUCUGGAGCAGAAUCCCGUGCUCAGAAACCUCCCAACACGACCCUGAAGCGAGUGAUGCUCUCGGUCCUGCCCGGCCCGUGCAUCCGCUUCCUCUGGAGCCGGCCCGACCAGUACCGCUGCAGGAAAGCCUUCCUGGGAGCCGGCUUCGGGAUGUUCCUCGGCCUCGGUGAGUGGGGGAAUCCCUAA